ACUAUUAUAAGUUGACGGUUUCUUUAUAUUAUUUAUGAAUCAUUUUACAAUGAUCACUGUCCACUGAUCUAACAUUGUUCUAUUACAUAUUUUUUUAAAUUUAAAGUCAUGCCACCUAAAAGUGAUUUUCAAAAGCUGAAAGAAAUAGUUAAAAAAAAUUUGGAAUUGAAAAAAAAACGAGGUUCUUAUGAUACAUUUAUUCUAUCCAGAAACAAUCAUAAUGAAAUUGAUGAGAAUACAAAUGAAAAGACGGCUAAGUUAUUGUCAGAAAUAAGAUCAAUAGUUCGGUUACAGAAAACUUUAUCGACGAUCUUUCUGCUGAAAGACAUAGACGAGGAAAUUGACAAAUGCAAUAUUGAACGGAAACAACUUAAAUCUCAAUUAGACGUUUUCGAAAGAGAAAUGGCAGCGGACUGUAAAACCGACAUGCACAUAGCACGUCGUUGUCGGUCGAUCGUGCUGACGGUAAAUAAACAGUGUUUGAUACAAGCUGUCCCCCCGGCGAGUCAUGGGUCGUCCGUUGUUAAACGUGCAUCUUAUGCAGUUCGCGAUCAACACUUUUCGAAUGCGCAACGAGAUGACCAGCUGACUGAUGAGAUUCUCAGGGAUCUUUUCGAGUACAACCCCAAACUAUACGGUUGUAUAAUGUUUCGAAUGCGUCUACUAGAAAGCAAAGUGUUGGAAAAUGCGGUUGGCGAUGCGAUCAAUCAUACUUCAGCGAUACAAAACAGGGGCACGAAAACUAACAACUGCAAUGGUGGUGAUAAGACAGAUCCGUGGAAAAAAAACCUGGAGAGAAAAAAUGAAGAAAAACCUGUACAGAACAGUUUUAGGAAGCACUUAGUUUCUUAUGGAGAUCGGAAAUCUACUGGAAAAUUUAAAUCAUACGUUGUAGCGUCUAAAUCGUGGAAUUUUUAACCGUAAUGCUUACGGAAAAAUAAUUUUACUAUAAUAUUUUUACCACGAUUUAAAAUGUUACAUAAUGUUUUGUGCAUGUAAAUUAACAUAUUGCUAUUUUUUCAAUAUUUUUCACAUUUUUAUGUGUAAUACUAAAUUAAGUAAAGUGUCUAAUAUAAAUUCAUUACUAAU